AGCUUGAAGAUGCGGAUAAUAAAAUGAAUCUCUUGCCUUUUCUGUUGUUUUCAGUGUUGUGCGGAGUGCAUCACAUUUUCAUUAAGCAAGGAAUGGAAAAUCGUCUCAGCGGUCGUAUCAAAGCAGGAUACGUGUGCAGGUAAUGGAAGGCCAGAUAGACCCGUAAUGAUAGUGGAAAGUAGUGGAAAUUGGUGCCGCUAUUGCUGUGCCAACCGUUCAAGUAUCAGGAAAUGUUUGUUAUUAGUAGUUGCUCUCAGCGUUGUUUCCCUCUUUGUCUUCUCCUAUUAUAUCUCCAGGUUUCAGUUACACAGCAUGAAAACUGGGAUGAGAACUGCACCUUUCAAAUGCCAUUCCAAUCCAGAAUCAGAAAAUGGUGUUCCUCCUGCUCAUUUAGGAUUAGCUAGCGCUAAUUUGAAAUUGGAUCCUCGAGUAUUGGUCUUUGUUGAAACUCAAUAUUCUCAACUAGGAAGGCAAAUCUGCGAAAUAUUGGAAGCGAGUAGGAUUAGAUUUAAAAUGGAAAUUGCCGCAAAGAGUUUACCGCUUUUAACCAAUUUAGAUAAAGGAAAAUUUGCAGUAAUUGUUUUUGAAAAUCUAGAAAAAUAUUUAAAUAUGAAUAAAUGGAACAGGGAACUUUUGGAUAAAUAUUGUAGAGAAUAUAACGUUGGAAUUGUUGGAUUUAUGAAGAGUAGCGAGGACAGUUUGGUUGGAUCGCAACUGAAAGGAUUUCCGCUAUACGUUCACACAAACUUAGCCCUACGAGAUUGCCAACUAAAUCCCAAGUCACAGCUGUUAAGACUGACGAGAGCAGGAGAAAUAGCCUAUGGGGAUCUCCCAGGAGAAGACUGGACUGUGUUUCAAUCUAACCAUUCCACUUACGUCACUGUAGCCAUGGCGAGAACUCAAUCCUUUCAUGUUGCCUUGUCUGUUGAUGGGAUUGGAGCUCCCAUGCCCAUUGUCAUACAGGUUAGUUAUUAUUUUCCUUUAGCUCUGCAUGAUGCUCAAAAACGCUUGAGAAAGGUCAUACCCGGUUUCCGCUUCAAUUUGGGAUUCUCAGGGAAAUUUUAUCACAAAGGAACGUCGGAAGAAAAUCGAGGAGACGACCUUCUCAUAGCUCUUGCACAGGAUUUUUGGUGGUUUGGUCAUAUGUGGAGUCAUAGUCAACCUCAUCUUUUCGAUAACCUAACAGCCUUGGAGAUAGAAAUGAGAUUAAAUCGUGAGUUUGCUAAGAAACACAACAUACCCAUAGAUUCUGGUUACUCUAUAGCUCCUCAUCAUUCUGGUGUUUAUCCAGUUCAUGAAUAUCUUUAUGAUGCUUGGAAAAGAAUUUGGAACAUUCGGGUAACAAGCACAGAAGAGUAUCCUCAUCUCCGACCAGCUAGACUUCGUCGUGGAUUCAUUCAUAGAAACAUAAUGGUUUUGCCUAGACAGACUUGUGGAUUAUAUACUCACACGAUAUUUCUAGACAAAUAUCCAGGAGGUCCACAAAAACUGGAGAACAGCAUUCAUGGAGGAGAGUUGUUUUUGUUGUUUGUUUAUAACCCAAUUAAUGUUUUCAUGACCCAUUUAUCUAAUUAUGGAAAUGACCGCUUAGCAUUAUAUACAUUCGAAUCAGUAAUAAAGUUUGUACAAUGUUGGACAAACUUACAACUUUCUACAAUCCCUCCUCUUCAAUUAGCAGAAAAAUAUUUCCAAAUGUAUCCAGAAGAAUCUGAUCCAAUUUGGAUGAAUCCCUGUAAUGACAAACGUCACUUGGCUAUUUGGUCGACUACCAAAUGUUGUGAGCAACUACCUAAAUUCCUUGUGAUCGGUCCACAGAAAACGGGUACAACUGCACUCUAUACUUUCUUAUCCAUGCAUCCUGCUAUUGUUAGCAAUUAUCCAAGUCCAGAAACAUUUGAAGAGGUUCAGUUUUUUAAUGGGAAAAACUAUUAUAAAGGACUUGACUGGUAUAUGAAUUUCUUUCCCGUUCCAAAAAAUUCCACUGAUAAAUACUUAUUUGAAAAGAGUUCCACAUAUUUUGAUGGAGAUUUGGUACCUAUGAGAGCCCAUGCUUUACUUCCCACUGCCAAACUCGUAACGAUUCUUAUUAGUCCCAUUAAAAGAGCAUACUCAUGGUAUCAGCACAUGCGUGCUCAUCGAGAUGUGGUAGCAUUAAAUUAUACAUUUUAUAAAGUUGUCACUGCCAAUGACCAUGCACCAAAGCCAUUACGAGAACUCAGGAAUCGUUGCCUCAUUCCAGGAAUGUAUGCCCAACAUCUGGAUAGAUGGUUAAAUUUUUAUUCUCCAUUGCAAUUAAUGAUUAUCGAUGGUGAAGAAUUAAAAUUAGAUCCAGUUACAGUAAUGAAUAAACUUCAGCAUUUUCUGAAAAUUAAACCUUUCCUUGAUUACAGAGAUCACUUAAGAUAUGAUUCAAGAAAAGGAUUUUUCUGCCAAGUUAUUCCUCAAAACAGCAUCAAGUGUUUAGGUAGGAGUAAAGGUCGUCAAUAUCCACCAAUGGAGCCAAGAGCUGAGAAAUUUCUCAAGACUUUUUAUCUUUCUCACAAUGUGGCCCUUUCAAAACUUCUGACCAGAUUAAGGCAACCAGUUCCAUCUUGGCUGGAAAAAGAUCUCUCGCACGGAUAGCCAUUUGUUCCAUUUGUGAUACAGAUUAGUGCACAUAAAAAUGUAAGGGGAAACAUACUGCCAUGAAGUAGUCCCUUUAAUCAAAAAAAUAAAUAGUAAAAGCCAAACUCUCUGGGUUAUAUUGUGCCAUGAAUAAACAUAAUGUUGCUGAACAUCCUUGAAGAAAAGCCAAGCAAAACGAAGUUUGAAGUAUGUAAAUGAAGCUUCUGUCGAACAUUUAAAACCAAUUGGUGAAUUUAUAUAUGUGGUAGACUGUAUAAAUUAUAUUUUAUUGAUGUUAACGUUGAGAAAAAUAUCUACAAUUCUAUGAAUGAUUUAAUUGUUCAAAUUUCUUAAUUAAAGAAAAAAGAAUGAAUUAUUUUUUCUUAAAGAAGAAAAACAAAACUGUAUUUAAAUCAAAAUCUAUUUAGAAAGCUAUUUUCUCUGAAUCGAAUGAUAAGUUUUGAUUUAGAAACAAGAAAAAAAUACAAUUAUCUCUAUAAAUUUCAGAUAACAAUUGUGAAGUGUCUCAGAAAUAUCUUAAGUUCUAAUAAAAAUUAAAAUGAUAUUUGUUUAAUAAAAUUUUGAUUCCAGUUUUAAUGCAGAAUAAAAGAAAAAGCAAAAUUUUAAUUUUUUUCUAUUUAAAAAAUAAAAUUUAAAGUUAAAAAAAAUCAAAAUUUAGACAAAUUUUAAUGUAUUUUCUAAUAAUUCAAAACAAUGAGCCUUUGUAAUCCAGCAAUAAUUUGUGAACAAAUGAAUAUUUUCAGCCAUUUUAAAUGGCCAUCUUCAGAUUCCAGAGUAUAAAGAAUUCAAAAUACAAAAGCUACAGAAUAUAAAUGCACAGUAGAAGACAAAUGCUUACAUUCUGUAACGUUUUACAUUUUAAAUUCUUUAGAUUCUAGACCCUGAAGAUUGCCAUUUAAAAUGGCUGAAAACAUUUUAGUUUUUUAAUUAUUGCUGGAUUACAAAAGUUCUUUGAUUUGUACUUUUUUUGUCUCUUGUACUUUAUAAUUUUCUGUAUCUAAUUUUGAUAUAUAAUUGACCUCAGAAUUAACUUAGACCAACAAUUAAGUUGUACAAGUUGCAAAAUUUCUUUAAUUUUAACCAUAUGAAUAGGAAUAUACCAAUUGACUUAUAAAUUUAUGAUAAAUUAAUCAUAACAGAAAAUUGAACAAGAAAGUUAACAUCUUUGAUUAUGAACAGUAUUUGUUAUCAGGAAGAAUUAUUGAAAUUUUAAAAGGAAUAAAUUACGUAAAAACAUUUAAGUUAUUUCGAUAAAUAAUUAAAACUUAAAAAUUUUAUUACUGAUUUUAUAUAGUUUGUCUAAAAUAUAAUACUUUCAUUUCUAGUAUUCUUUAGUAUAGAGUCUCUUAAUCAUAUUUAUAAGUAAAAUACAUUACAUGGAUACUAAUGCAAUCAUAUUUCCUAUUGAUUAUUAACCAGUUUAGACAUAUCUACUCAUAUUAUAUUACCUACAUAACCUAUACUUGAUUUUUUGUAUUCUUCCAUCUGCAAAAUCUUUAUUUUCUAUCUAUUAUAAAUUUGGCAAGGCUUACAAUGAAAUCAAUCAGGUGUUGAGCAAUGGAAUUUGAUAUAUCAAGACUAGUUUAUCCAACUUCUUAAGGCUUCAGCUCAUAAUUAAACUAGAUCCCUCAGAGUAGCAAGUUGCUAGAUUUUUGCCAUCUUGUCAAUUCAGUCAUAUAAUAUGCAAUAUAUUACAUAUAUAUGAAUCAAAAAGUCUAUACUCACAAAAGAAGCUUAUUUUUAAAUGAUAUGUAGAAUGUUUUUUAAGGGCAUGUUCAGUAUAUUUCUUCAACCUCCAGAUAUCUUUACAGAUGAAGUUGUUUAUUCUCCAUAUAAUCUAUUGAAUACAAAACAUCUCUCUUUAUGUGUCAAUAUAUUAAUCCCCAUUGAUUGUAUCAAAUACAAAGAACAUAAUAUUUUGUCUGUAAAAAGGUUAAAAGUAAAAAUGUUGAAUAUAUUCUUUGAAAAUAUAUACUACAUAGGGAUGAAUUGUGGUAUGAGGCAGCUACGACUGGCCUCAGACAGCAAUUUUUGACAGGUGGAACUUUUUCUAAUGAUUUUUAAAACUAUCAAUACUUUGAAUGUCUUAUCAUAAAAAUAAAAAUGUGCAAAGCUGCAAAGACACAACAAUAGUAGCAACUUUUGACAUCUAAUAUGGAGAUAUUUCACAGGAUAUCUAACAGCAUACAAACCUAAUAAAAUUGUCUUAAUUUCAUAAGAUUUUGAUUGAUGCUGGUUUUGAUUAAUUUUGUUAUAAUUAAUGUUUUGAUCAAUGCAUGGCACUAAUAGAAGGGUUGUGUGUCGUGCUCCCUCCUGCAACAGCAUCCCCAUAUUAGAUGUCACGAGCCACCAUUGCACAACAAUGCAAGUUUUUAUUCCAUUAUUAAUUUCAUGUACAGGCCAACUCAGACAGGUGGUUACAUGUUUGAUCUCGUAACAUGUUAACACAAUUUGAUUUACAGUGAAUGAGUGGCAUUUGAUGUUGAAAGUGAUAUUGAAAUCAUAUUUUGUCAGUCUCAGAUCUUCCCAGUCAGCAAAUGUCCACUCUGCAACUGUAACUUGCUGUUAUAUCCUCUGCCAUCAUGGAUACUGAUACAGGUACUUUUUAUGUAACUUAAGUACUGUAUAUGACUUCUUAGAAAGACAACUUCUUCAAAUGUCAUUUACCAGUUCCCCAUAAUCAUAUAAUAUAGAAGAAACACCAGGACACAAGAGAUCAAACAUGUAGCUAACUUUCUGACUCACCCUGUACAAUGGGGCAACAUUUGCCUCAUUGUCUCACUUAUUUUACACCACCUGGCACUGCUGAUGCUACAUAUUAUUUGAAUAUAAAUUUCUUUUAUGAUUCUACACUUUUCAGACACUCAAUAGAUUAUAUAGCCUAUACAUUUAUUUAUUUAACAGCUUUUAAAACAAAAAAGUAAACAAGCAUUUAGUUAUGUGAAAUGUAACUGAUAUCUCAGAGGCAUAUUUGUUGAUACUUGAUUAUGCCUUGCUGCUUUCAUAAGUGAUAUUAUUUACAUUAAUUUAAUUUAAAUAAGUAACUGUCAUAACAUUAAAAGUGUCUCAAACAGGUUAUUUGAUAGCCUCAUUUUGAAGGCUCAAAUAUUAGUUGAUAAUUGUCAGUUAACUCUGAUAUUACACUUCAGGAUAAAUUUGCAGUUUGGAGUUGUUAAUAAUCAAACAUAAUUUUGUGAAAAAUGUUAAAAUUUAAAGUUCUUUUGCACUUAAGAUUUCUCCAAAUGAUCCAGUUGUUCUUAUUCUUGUCAUAGUUCUACAAUAUUAUCUCAUUGAAGAUUCCAAUAUCAUGGAAAAACAUUUGUUUCUUUUGAGAUUUUAAGUUUCAAGACUGGAAACGUAUGCUAGAUAUUGUUUGUUUAUUAACAACUUAUUUAUUCAGUUUAUAUAUAUAUAUAUAUAUAUAUACAGUUUAAGUGUAUAAGUUAAUUUAUUUUCCGAGUUUCUGUCAAUUAAAAUAAAUAAAUUUUUCCUGAUAACAACAACUGUUUCUAUUUGAAACACUCACAAAAAUCACUUUCCUUAACAAAUUUAAUAAACAGGAAUUAAAAUAAAUAUACAUUCC